AUGAAAUUAUUAAUAUUAAUUGCCAUUCUUUUUGUUGCAUCAUUUCUAGCAGUUUCAGGUGAUCCUGAAGCUACUACAUGUCCAGUCGUUUGCUAUGCUACCAGUGACAAUGGACAAUGUCAUUACCAGUGUGCUGCUGGGUGCCGUAAGACAGGUCCCCAAAAUGUUGGCAUGUUUAUUGAAGCUCUGACCAAUAAAGGGUAUCCAUGUAGAUAUGAAGGUGCUUCUGGUAUAGAAGGGAAAAUCAAUCAAUCAAAUAUAAUCUCACAAUACAAAUCAUCAUUAAUAUAA